AUGCUUACUGAGAAGUGUUUGGGAUUUGCUUACUCUGGCUUGUAUCUCUGGGCAUCUCUGUUCGUAUCCUUCAUUAAAGUUUCUCAGCAGGGCGAGAGCCAGAGGCGCUUGUAUAGAGAACUGCUGAAAAACUACAAUCGCCUUGAAAGGCCUGUGGUGAAUGACUCCCAGCCUCUUCUCGUGGAGCUACAAUUGUCUCUGCUACAGAUAAUUGACGUGGAUGAGAAGAAUCAGGUGUUGAUAACAAAUGCAUGGCUCCAAAUGUAUUGGAUUGACGUUUACUUGUCUUGGGAUCAGUAUGAGUACCCGGGUGUCCAGAACUUACGAUUUCCAGCUGAUCAGAUAUGGGUGCCAGACAUUCUCCUGUAUAACAGUGCGGAUGAAAGAUUUGAUGCAACAUUUCAUACAAAUGUGUUGGUGAAUUACUCUGGCUCUUGUCAGUACAUUCCUCCAGGCAUUUUGAAGAGCACGUGUUACAUUGACGUCCGCUGGUUCCCCUUUGAUGUACAAAAAUGUGAUUUGAAAUUUGGUUCAUGGACCCACAGUGGUUGGUUGCUCGAUCUGCAGAUGCUUGAAGCGGAUGUUUCCAACUACAUAUCAAAUGGAGAAUGGGAUUUAGUAGGUGUGCCAGGGAAGAGGAACGUGUUGUACUAUGAGUGCUGCAAAGAGCCGUACCCAGAUGUGACUUACACUGUGACGAUGCGACGGCGCACCCUCUACUAUGGCUUGAACCUACUCAUUCCCUGUGUCCUCAUCUCGGGCCUGGCACUGCUUGUUUUCCUCUUGCCAGCUGACUCAGGGGAGAAGAUUUCUUUAGGUAUCACAGUCCUGCUGUCCCUGACGGUGUUCAUGCUGCUCGUGGCUGAGAUCAUGCCUGCUACUUCUGACUCCGUUCCUCUAAUAGCUCAGUAUUUUGCAAGCAUCAUGGUCAUUGUUGGCCUCUCUGUGGUGGUAACAGUUCUGGUCCUUCAGUUUCAUCAUCAUGACCCACAAGCUGGAAAAAUGCCCAGAUGGGUUCGUGUUGUUCUGCUGAACUGGUGUGCUUGGUUUUUAAGAAUGAGAAAACCUGGAGAAAACAUAAAGCCCCUCUCUUGCAAGUACAGCUACUACAAGCAAGAUUCAAGCAUUAGCAGUGUUGAGAUGAACGUUUUACCUGGGCACCCAUCUAGCAAUGGCAACAUAAUCUACAGCUAUCAUGCCAUGGAAAAUCCUUGCUGCCCACAAAACAGCGAUUUAGGAGGCAAGUAUGGAAAGGUCACUUGCUCCUCCACGGAAGAUAUUGAGCUUGUUCAAAAGAGGGCUUUAAUGGAUACUAUCCCAGUGAUUGUCAAAAUCCUGGAAGAAGUUCAGUUCAUUGCAAUGCGCUUCAGAAAACAAGAUGAGGGUGAAGAAAUCUGUAGUGAGUGGAAGUUUGCAGCUGCUGUUAUAGACAGAUUAUGCUUGGUUGCAUUUUCAUUGUUUGCAAUCAUCUGCACAUUUACAGUACUAAUGUCUGCUCCAAAUUUCAUAGAAGCUGUUUCAAAGGAUUUUACAUAAAGCUCUGAGAUGAACACAGUGAAAGAAAUGCCAUUUCCAAAUAAGCGUUGCCAUUAACUUUACUAAAUGAAGUAAUUUGAAACAGAGAAGUGUACUUUUAUGAGCUAACUUACAUAGAAGGAAGUUGAAAUUAGUUUCAGAAGCUGAUUAUCCCUAAUGGUAGUGAUUAUAAUUACUGAAUAAUAUAAAACACUGGGCUCUGUUAUUUAUUUCUUAGACUGUGUCUACCUGUAAUAAUGUCAUAAUCUGUGACAAUUGAGAUAGUUG